AUGUGUGGUGUUAUCAGGGAGGAGGAGCAGGGGGAUCAGGAGGAGCAGGGGGAUCAGGAGGAGCAGGAGGAGGAGAAGAAGAACCAGAAGAAGAAUCAGCAGAAGAAAAGAAAGAAUACCCCUUCGAACUGGAUCGAGAUUCAGCAGAAUGAGUGUAGCAACGGGCUGCGUGGGAUGACACAGUUAGCGUGUGCUAUUGGAGCCGGAAGUCAGGCAGAGAAAACAAAACAAAUCAACGAUCGACGGCUUGAGAGAUUAGCGGACGACACAGUUGGCACAAUAAGGCCGGCGUAA